GAUUAGAAUUACACACCUGAGAUUCCACCUGACUCUGGUGUAUUAAUGUUUUCCGAUAGUGUAGUAAUACAGAAUUUUCCAGUAAGAAUUUUCUUUUUUUUCCGGGCCGAAAACUAGCCAUUUUUUCUUAGUGAAAGUGGGCCGAGCUUUUCCCGAGGAGGCGCGAUUCGAUUUCGGCCCCGGGUCGUGCGUGUAUGUGGCAGGUAUUUCGAAUCGCCAGUUCACCUUCGGCCGACUCUUAAACGUUUCGAGGGACCAUGGAAAACAAAAACAAAGCCUAUUUCGCGUGAGAGGACGAGGGGAUUUUGGAUAAGAUCGACAGCUAUAAAUUAUAUUGAAUAGCUUCAUUAGAAGGACAUAAACAAUGAAUCCCUCCGAUCAUGGGUUUAACCCAGCCUUCAACAUGGCUGCUAUAAAAGAAGUUUUCAAUGAAGCCCUUGAAAGGGUGAGGACACCGACACCUAUGAGGCUUAGAGAUCUAAUAAGGCAAAUCCGCGCUGCCAGGACUGCUGCCGAAGAAAGGGCAGUUAUAAACAAAGAAUGUGCGUACAUAAGAUCUACAUUUAGGGAAGAAGACAGUGUUUGGAGAUGUCGAAAUAUCGCCAAGCUUCUGUAUAUACAUAUGCUAGGAUACCCAGCGCACUUUGGCCAGCUUGAAUGUCUUAAGUUAAUCGCCUCUUCAAGAUUUACGGAUAAACGAAUAGGAUAUUUAGGCGCUAUGUUGUUACUUGAUGAGAGACAGGAUGUACACUUGUUAAUAACAAAUUGUUUAAAAAAUGAUUUAAAUAGUUCUACCCAAUUUAUAGUGGGAUUAGCACUUUGCACUCUUGGUGCGAUUGCAUCCCCCGAAAUGUCAAGGGAUCUGGCAGGAGAGGUCGAAAGAUUAAUGAAAUCCCCCAAUGCGUAUGUAAGGAAAAAAGCAGCUCUUUGUGCCUACAGGAUAAUACUUAAAGUUCCUGAGCUUAUGGAAAUAUUUUUACCAGCAACGAGGUCGUUACUAUCUGAAAAGAACCACGGUGUUCUUAUUACUGGAGUCUCUUUGAUCACAGAAAUGUGUGAAAACAGUAUUGAUACACUGCAACAUUUUAAGAAGAUCGUGCCCAACCUAGUGAGGAUUCUGAAAAAUCUCAUAAUGGCCGGCUAUUCUCCUGAACACGACGUGUCUGGAGUUAGCGAUCCAUUUUUACAAGUAAAAAUUCUAAGGCUUUUAAGAAUCCUUGGAAAAAACGAUGUAGAAGCAUCUGAAGCAAUGAAUGACAUCCUAGCGCAAGUUGCAACAAACACAGAGACAAAUAAAAACGUUGGGAAUACUAUUUUAUAUGAAACUGUUCUUUCAAUAAUGGAUAUUCGCUCAGAGAGUGGUCUCAGAGUGUUGGCAAUAAAUAUACUUGGUAGAUUUCUUUUAAAUAAUGAUAAGAAUAUAAGAUACGUAGCGCUAAAUACACUUCUGAAGACUGUUUAUGUUGAUACCAGUGCUGUACAAAGACAUAGGGCAACAAUUCUUGAAUGCUUGAAGGAUCCAGAUGUUUCAAUAAGAAGACGGGCCUUGGAGUUGAGUUUUGCCCUUGUUGAUCACAGCAACAUUAAAAUGAUGAUGAAAGAACUUCUGUCAUUCUUAGAAAAGACCGACCCUGAAUUUAAAGAAAUGGCUUCUUCAAGAAUAGUCCUAGCUGCUGAAAAAUACGCGCCAACUAUUAAAUGGCAUUUAGACACACUUUUAAGUGUCUUAGUUGCUGCUGGAAAUUAUGUGCGGGAUGAUGUAGUAGCAUGUGUAAUACAGUUGAUGGUGGUCAAUCCUGCUCAACAGGGCUACAUGGUUGGUCAGCUCUGGGGCGCUUUGGAAAAUGACAAUUCCAACAGGCAGCCGUUGGCACAAGUGGCGACAUGGUGUAUCGGCGAAUUCGGAGAUUUACUCCUAUCGCCCGAUUCAGUCGUCAAGAUAACUGAACCUGAAGUAAUAUCUGUAUACCACAGAAUUUUAACAUCACCUCAGAAUACGGCAAUAACAAAGCAGUACGCUUUAACAUCGUUGACCAAGCUGAGCACUCGAUUCAAUCAUACAGACACUUCUAAAAUCCGGGAGUUGAUUGAAAGUUUUGGUUCCCACGUUCAAAUGGAGUUGCAGCAGAGAGGCGUUGAGUACACCCAGCUUUUUGGUAAGUACUCGUAUCUGAGGAGUGGCCUUCUUGAACGCAUGCCGCCUCUCGAACUGCAAAAGUCAAACGCGACGACUCAAAAUGGAAAUUACUCUCAAGAAAUCGAAGAAGAAGAGUCGUUGUCGCCCCAAGACAAUCAAAACUCGAAUGCAUUGCUGGUUCUUCUGGGAGGUGAAUCAGACACCAUCGUCCAGCCUAUUACGAAACCAAGCAUAGAUACAAAUCAGGAACUUCUAGACCUUUUAGGAGGGCUUGAUUCAGGAAUGGACAUAAUCUCAGAAAACAAGUCCGGACUCAAAAUGAAUAACGAGUCUACCAUUUCUCUACAGAAUAAUAACAAUAAUAUAAUGAACGCGUUGAACUCCACGCCUGAUUUUCUAGCGGAUUCACUAGCUGUUGGAAUACCAAAUAAAUCGCCAGUCGAAACGACCGUUUAUAACAAGGGAGGGUUGAAAAUAGAUUUCACACUUCAAAAAGUCGCCGACUCGCCGAACACGACGGUUGUGAAUGUUUCAGCAUUAAACACGACUUCAGCAGCAUUCACCGAGUUUGUAUUUCAAGCUGCUGUGCCAAAGACAUUUCAGUUACAACUUCUACCUCCGUCCGGGACAGUCAUCACUGAAGGUGGCGUCGUCACGCAAGUCUUACGAGUGACAACUCCGAAUAAGGUGGCUUUGAGGAUGAGAAUUAGAGUAUCUUACAAUUGCAACGGGGCCACGAUCACCGAUCAAGCCGAAGUCAACAAUUUUCCAGCGGAAUGUUGGCAAUGACAUGAAACCACAAGAUGCAAGUAGGCCGGGGCGGAUCCUCUUGAUUUUUUCCACUAGAAUUAUAUAAAUUAUUUGAAACCAAAGGUUUUAGCCGUUAAUUUGUACGAAUUGAGCCGCUUGGAAAUUGGUUAAAUUCUCCGCUCAGAAAUUUGAGUAUUUAAAUUGAUAUAUUUAGAGAGAGAGUGAGAGAGAGAGAAGAAAAAAGGGGUUACAAUUCAUGAAGAAAAGACUAUGAUUACAGAACAAAGUUAAAAUUUUAUAGAAAAUUUCUGCAAAUAUUUUUAAUUUUCAUUUGAUCCCAUUGAAAUAAUUUGUCAUCAACAUAAGAAUAAAAAUUUUAAAAAAAUUAACAUUAUCUUUGUAAAAAUGUUGUAUAUAUAAAAUCUAAUCUUCAAACAUUCGGUUAUUGUUUGUUUUGAGUUAUAAAUUAAUUAAAUAUAUAAAUAUUUAUUUUUUAGAAUUUCAAACCAUAUUAAUUGUUGUUAUUAUUAUUUUUAUUAUAUAUUCACAUCAGUCUUUCUUAUUUCCAAUUUUAUAUCUUAUCAUUACAUCAAAUAUUUGUAUUUUAUUUUAUUAUUUCAAACUUGUAAUUGUGGUUGGAUGUUUAAAAAUGUGGUGUAAAUACACAUUAUUUUAAUGUGAUAAAUAUCUUUUAAAGAAAAUGUAAGCAUUCAGAGUUUAAAGAAAGAAAGAAAGAGAAAUGUUUAAAAUGUAAAUUUUUAGAGAUGAUUCAUUAUUAUUAUUAUUAUAAUCUGGUGAGAUUACGUGUACAUAUCUUACUAUUAUUGUUUCUAGAAAAAUAUGUAAAUAACAUGUUUGUAAAGACUACUUAAAUAUUCGCUGUGCCUAGUUUCGGAAAAAUGCUUUCGUUGUUAUAAUACUGGACAAUGUGCUUUGGAUGGUAAUAAAAUAUGAUAUAUUUAAAAAAAAAUUCUGAUAAUGACAAGGUAAUACUGAUGCUUCCGUUUUCAAAAAAGAUCUUCGGUGUAGUAAUUACAGAGAAAACCUUUUUUUUUAGUUUUGACUAAUUUGCAUUAUUUAUAAUUACAACACUACAUGUUAAAUUUUACCUUCACGAAUGCAAAGAUCAAUUUUUUUUUUUAGUUUCAACUAAUUUGCACUACUUCUAAUUAAAACACGUGUAAAACCUACAAAUAUAAUGCAAAGAUAAAAUUUUUGAUUUGUGUAAAUUUUAGUUGUUUUUUCAGUAUUUAAAAAACUUUUAAUUUUUUAGUUUUAUUUUAACAAGGCUUUUUUGUUUUGACUAAUUUGCAUUAUUUAUAAUUUUAACACUACAUUUUCUACACAAAUGCAAAUCAAAAAAAUAAUUUUUUUGUUUUGACUAACUUUAAUUUUUUUUAAUUUAGAAAACGGCUUAGUACUUAAUCAUGAUUUAUGCAUUUUUGAUCACUGAUCAACCUAGGAAUAAACAAGUCUUUGUUUUAAAACCUACACUGUUAAUUCGUUCAAACACCAUAUUUAAUUUGUCUCGCACGUAUCAUUUAAUUCUAAAUGUUAUUGACUUUUUGAAUAAUUUCCAUCCAUAACGUAGAUUACAAUAUGAUGUACAUAACUUGGAUAGAAGAGGUUCUAAAUAAUAUUAUCAGUCAUCAAGAUUUUAUACUGUUAAAUAUCAUUUUAAUUUAUCGCAACAAAGAUUUAAGCGAACCUCAUGUUAAAAGUCUACAGAAGAUUGACUGAAUGCAGGCAAGCAAAUACAAUAGUACUUGGAACAUAUUUGUACAUAAAUUUAUGCUCUAAUGAAAAUUUGAAGACUA